AUGGCAGCGCCGACGUACAUUAUCUCGCGGGUUGGCGACCCCAUCUUCGCGGUGCUGAUUGGCCUGUCGGCGGCGGCGAUGCGCAUCGGCCGCGAGGAACGGGCCAAGGGGUAUACGGCGCGGCAGACGGUCGAGAACGGCUUGAGACGUAUUGGGUUCUCGAAGAAAUAG